ACAAAACCAAAAAAAAAAAACUCAUAAUUUUAAAAGGUAGCUUAUAUUCUCUGUGGCAAAACAUGCACGCAACAUAUUACUACGUUAUCGAAUCUUGUAGCAUCAUUUAACCAAACAUCAAAGAAAAACAAAAAAAUUCAAAGAGACUUUUUCCAAAUUCAGAUCUCAAAACACGAAUUCGAGAAUUCUACGAUGAUCGAAACAGUAAUCACAAGCAAAACUCUAAUCGGAUUCCUUUCCGAUACAAAAUCAUUCGAAUCCAUAACCAACGACUAUUUCCAGAUUCUAGAUCUAGACAAAAACGGAAUGUUGUCUCCAUCGGAGCUUCGUCAAGGUCUCAACAAUGUGGUAGCUGUGGAAUCUGAGGUCGCUCCUGGAGACGAGACCGAUAACGUGUACAAUGCGAUUUUCGAGAGAUUCGGUGAAGAUUUGGUUCCAAAAAAUUUUAGGGAUUUGAUUGCAGAGAUUUUGACGGCGAUGGCGAGAGGUAUCGGAAACUCGCCGGUGAUUAUGGUUGUGCAUAAUGAUGGAUUGAUUAUGAAAGCUGUUCUUCAUGAAUCUAAACAAGGCAAGUGAUGAGAUUUUUUAAAGCAUUUAGAGCUUUUUAUUUUUCUUUUGGGAAAAUUUGAUUUAUAAUUUGGUUAUGUUUGAAUUUUAUAUACAUGAAUUAAUGUUGUUAAUUGAUAAUGAUUACAUUGUAAUUUCUUCGAUUUUUACUUCUUUUUUUACUUGGGAUGAAUUAAACUCGAGAUCGUUUGAAUUUUCUCGAAAUUUUAUAUUUCAAUUCUAUUGUAAUUUUCGAAAG